AUGGGGGGGGGGGGCUGUAGUACUGUACCUCAGACCGAGUGUUCCGGGGUGAGGCCCCGCCCCCACUCCGCCCAGGUUGCCGUUGGCUACAAGGCCGUUGCCAUGGGUGACGACAGCCAGUAGGUUGUGUGAAGGUGUCUGUAUGAAGGUGAGCGCGAGGGGGGCGGGGGGUGGUUUGGGAGGUAGAGGUUGGUCCUGGGUUGGAUCGUGUCUGACCGUGGCCGCGCGGUCCUCUACGGUCCUCUCUGGUUCUUCCGGUCUGGGUUUGACAGUGGUAGUAUUGGUCAGACUCCUAAACAAAACAGAUAUAAAGAGUUUGUCCAAACAGGCACCCUACUCCAUUUAUAGUGUCCUACUUUAGACCAGGUUUACAGAGCUCUUCUUUAGACCAGGUUUACAGGGCUCUUCUUUAGACCAGGUUUACAGAGCUCUUCUUUAGACCAGGUUUACAGGGCUCUUCUUUAGACCAGGUUUACAGGGCUCUUCUUUAGACCAGGUUUACAGAGCUCUUCUUUAGACCAGGUUUACAGGGCUCUUCUUUAGACCAGGUUUACAGGGCUCUUCUUUAGACCUGGUUUACAGGGCUCUUCUUUAGACCAGGUUUACAAGGUAAUAGGGUGCCAUUUGGGACUCAGAAAUUGUCUAAAAUUCAUUCAACAUUGAUGUUUUUUUAAAGUAACAGAAAAAGUAAUUCAGAUUUUUAAAUAACUAUUUUUAAGAACCGCUAAUGAAGCUGAAAGACCAAUAAACUAAACGUACAUGGAGGUGGUUCGACCGUGGAUGACCGUGACCGCAUGGUUCCCUGUGGUCCUUUCAGUCUUCUCAGGUCUGGGUUUAACGGCCGGGGUAGUGGUCAUGGUAGUGGUCAUGGUAGUGGUCAUGGUAGUUGUCAUGGUUGACUCUAUUGUCUUGUCCGGGUCUCGGGGUUUAGACUCCGUAGUGGUUACAACUUUAGAAGGUUUGGUGACUGUUGUACUGCUGCAGUCCUGGAGAGGAGAGGAGAGGAGAGGAGAGGAGAGGAGAGGAGAGGAGAGGAGGGGAGAGGAGAGGAGAGGAGAGGAGAGGAGAGGGGAGGGGAGGGGAGGGAGGAGAGGAGGAGGAGAGGAGAGGAGAGGAGAGGAGAGGAGAGGAGAGGAGAGGAGAGGAGAGGAGAGGAGAGGAGAGGAGAGGAGAGGAGAGGAGAGGGGAGGGGAGGGGAGGGGAGGGGAGGGGAGGGGAGAGGAGAGGAGAGGAGAGGAGAGGAGAGGAGAGGAGAGGAGAGGAGAGGAGGAGUGGAGUGGAGUGGAGUGGAGUGGAGUGGAGUGGAGUGGAGUGGAGUGGGGAGGGGAGGGGAGGGGAGGGGAGGGGAGGGAGGGGAGAGGAGAGGAGAGGAGAGGAGAGGAGAGGAGAGGAGAGGAGAGGAGAGGAGAGGAGAGGAGAGGAGAGGAGAGGAGAGGAGAGGAGAGGAGAGGAGAGGAGAGGAGAGGGGUGUCAUUCUGGAAGCCAUUUUACAUUUUAGUUUUAGUCUUUUGACUAAAACAGCUUUUAGUCUUAGUCACUUCAUCCUUCGUUAGUUUUAGUUAUUAUCAGUCCACUAAAUCUCUGGACAACUUUAGUCUAGUCACUGUCAUUUUAGUCACAUUUUACCUUUAACUUUCAUCAUGUGCACAGAUAGCCUUGUCCAGCUAGGCCUACUAUCAUUUUUAAAAUUUUUUGUCAUUUAGCAGACGCUCUUAUCCAUUGCGACUUACAGUUAGUGAGUGCAUACAUUUUUUUCAAACUGGCCCCCCGUGGGAAUCGAACCCACAGCCCUGCUCUACCAACUGAGCGACACGGGACAGAAUUCCCUCCAAUACCUUAAUAAAAAUAAUAAUAAUAUGCCAUUUAGCAGACGCUUUUAUCCAAAGCGACUUACAGUCAUGUGUGCAUACAUUUUUACGUAUGGGGGUGGUCCCGGCGUUACAAGCGCCGUGCUCUACCAGCUGAGCUACAGAGGACCACACUGGCAACAUGGCUAUUCUGACAGGUUGUAACCAAUGCCAGCCAUUAUUAACCAUAAAGGCUAUAAAGCCAAAGGCUACAGGUUAAACAAUUGUACAGCUCUGAUUUUCUAAACAUCAUAACCGUUGGAGGAGGAGGUAAAUAACAGUGAUUUCUUUAAAAAGGGGAGAAUCUGAGCUUUAUUAAAAAUGCCAGAAGUAUAAAUCAAAUCGAAAUCAAAUCACAUUUACUGGUCGCCUACACAGAUUUGCAGAUUUUAUCACAGGUGCAACAAAAUGCUUCUGUUUCUAGCUCCAACAGUUCAGUGAUACCUAGCUAAAUGCUUGUGUUUCUAGCUCCAACAGUUCAGUAAUACCUAGCUAAAUGCUAGCUCCAACAGUGCAGUAAUACCUAGCUAAAUGCUUGUGUUUCUAGCUCCAACAGUACUGUAAUACCUAGCUAAAUGCUUGUGUUUCUAGCUCCAACAGUGCAGUAAUACCUAGCUAAAUGCUUGUGUUUCUAGCUCCAACAGUGCAGUAAUACCUAGCUAAAUGCUUGUGUUUCUAGCUCCAACAGUGCAGUAAUACCUAGCUAAAUGCUUGUGUUUCUAGCUCCAACAGUGCAGUAAUACCUAGCUAAAUGCUUGUGUUUCUAGCUCCAACAGUGCAGUAAUAUCUAGCUAAAUGCUUAUGUUUCUAGCUCCAACAGUGCAGUAAUACCUAGCUAAAUGCUUGUGUUUCUAGCUCCAACAGUGCAGUGAUACCUAGCUAAAUGCUUGUGUUUCUAGCUCCAACAGUUCAGUAAUACCUAGCUAAAUGCUUGUGUUUCUAGCUCCAACAGUGCAGUGAUACCUAGCUAAAUGCUUGUGUUUCUAGCUCCAACAGUGCAGUAAUACCUAGCUAAAUGCUUGUGUUUCUAGCUCCAACAGUGCAGUAAUACCUAGCUAAAUGCUUGUGUUUCUAGCUCCAACAGUGCAGUAAUACCUAGCUAAAUGCUUGUGUUUCUAGCUCCAACAGUGCAGUGAUACCUAGCUAAAUGCUUGUGUUUCUAGCUCCAACAGUGCAGUAAUACCUAGCUAAAUGCUUGUGUUUCUAGCUCCAACAACACAGUAAUACCUAGCUAAAUGCUUGUGUUUCUAGCUCCAACAGUGCAGUAAUACCUAGCUAAAUGCUUGUGUUUCUAGCUCCAACAGUGCAGUGAUACCUAGCUAAAUGCUUGUGUUUCUAGCUCCAACAGUGCAGUAAUACCUAGCUAAAUGCUUGUGUUUCUAGCUCCAACAGUGCAGUAAUACCUAGCUAAAUGCUUGUGUUUCUAGCUCCAACAGUGCAGUAAUACCUAGCUAAAUGCUUGUGUUUCUAGCUCCAACAGUGCAGUGAUACCUAGCUAAAUGCUUGUGUUUCUAGCUCCAACAGUGCAGUAAUACCUAGCUAAAUGCUUGUGUUUCUAGCUCCAACAACACAGUAAUACCUAGCUAAAUGCUUGUGUUUCUAGCUCCAACAACACAGUAAUACCUAGCUAAAUGCUUGUGUUUCUAGCUCCAACAGUGCAGUAAUACCUAGCUAAAUGCUUGUGUUUCUAGCUCCAACAGUGCAGUAAUACCUAGCUAAAUGCUUGUGUUUCUAGCUCCAACAGUUCAGUAAUAUCUAGCUAAAUGCUUGUGUUUCUAGCUCCAACAGUGCAGUAAUACCUAGCUAAAUGCUUGUGUUUCUAGCUCCAACAGUUCAGUAGUAAUACCCAUCAAUACAAAACAAUACACACAUAAUCCAAAAACUAAAAAAAUUAAGAAAUUAAGAAAUAUCAGAACGAGCAAUGUCAGAGUCCGAAAUUUAAAUAUACACUGAGUGUACAAAACAUUAAGAACACUUUCCAUGACAGACUGAGCAGGUGAAUCCAUCUGAAAGCUAUGAUCCCUUAUUGAUGUCACUUGUUAAAUCCACUUCAAUCAGUGUAGAUGAAGGGGAGGAGACCGGUUAAAGAAGGAUUUUUAAGCCUUGAGACAAUUGAGACAUGGAUUGUGUAUGUGUGCCAUUCAGAGGGUGAACAGGCAAGACAAAAUAUUUAAGUGCCUUUGAACGGGGUAUGGUAGUAGGUGCCAGGCACACCGGUUUGUGUCAAGAACUGAAACACUGCUGGGUUUUUCACACUCAACAGUUUCCUGUGUGUAUCAAGAAUGGUCCACCACCCAAAGGACGUCCAGCCAACUUGUCACAACUGUGGGAAGCAUUGGAGUCAACAUGGGCCAGCGUCCCUGUGGAACGCUUUCGUCACCUAGUAGAGUCCAUUCCCCCCGACGAAUUAAGGCUGUUCUGAGGGCAAAGGGGGGGUGCAACUCAAUAUUAUGGAAGGUGUUCUUCAUGUUUUGUACUCAGUGUAUAUACUAUAUAUAUAUAUAUAUAUAUAUAUUGAACAAAAAUAGAAAAUAUAUACAUAACAACAGCUUAGUGAUGAGCUUGGAGGGUACUGUGACAUUGAAGGCUGGGCUGUAGUUGAUAAACAGCAUUCUUACAUAGUAAUUACUAUGAUCAUUAUUGUAAGAAAUAUGAAUUAUUAUAAGUAUUUCUAUAAUCCUAAUAUUUAAGAAAUAGCAUUUGCGUGAGAAGGAGCUUCAUGUCACAUUAAAUGUUCAUUAGUCUCACGUGGAAUUCUGGUUUGGUAUUCUGGUUUGGAAUUCUGGCUUUGGAAUUCUGGUUUGGAAUUCUGGCUUUGGAAUUCUGGUUUGGAAUUCUGGCUUUGGAAUUCUGGUUUGGAAUUCUGGUUUGGAAUUCUGGUUUGGAAUUCUGGCUUUGGAAUUCUGGUUUGGAAUUCUGGCUUUGGAAUUCUGGUUUGGAAUUCUGGUUUGGAAUUCUGGCUUUGGAAUUCUGGCUUUGGAAUUCUGGCUUUGGAAUUCUGGCUUUGGAAUUCUGGUUUGGAAUUCUGCUUUGGAAUUCUGGCUUUGGAAUUCUGGUUUGGAAUUCUGGUUUGGAAUUCUGGUUUGGAAUUCUGGCUUUGGAAUUCUGGUUUGGAAUUCUGGCUUUGGAAUUCUGGCUUUGGAAUUCUGGUUU